UAAUUAAAAGUAUUUAAUGUGAAACAUUUUUAAUUGUGAAUAUUUAGUAAUUAUCAACAAAAAAUACAAUAAUGUUAAGUCAAUGCAUUGAUACAGAAGAAGAUGAAGAGGUUAUAUUUGAGGGUAGUGAUAUACAUGAACAUUUAGUUACAUCAGGAUAUACAGAUUUUGAAACUGCAAUAGUUUUUAAAAAUCAACAGACACCACAAAAGAAAUCUAUGUAUAUGAAUAUCAACAUUAUUAAAGAUGUUGGUAAAAUUAUCUAUAAAUACAUAUUAGAUUUGAAAUCUUGGAUAACGCAGGACUGUGAUUUAUCCAAGGAACAAUUGGACAUUAUUUUAAGUGCCAAAACGCUUUUAGAUGAUCAUGCAUCUGCAAUUAAUAGUUGUGCAGAGAAAUAUUUUCCUGUUGCUCCAUGGAAGAAAGUGUUAAAGAAUUUACUUGCUAGUGGUACGAUAAUAGCUUCUUCUACGUACUUAAUGUUUUAUAAACAUAACAAAGCUUUAAAUGCUAUGAUAAUAUUUUUUACAUUAUACUACGCUGGUUAUAGAAAUUACCAAAAUCUAUGGGCACAUAAAGAACUGAAGCAAUUAGUAUUAUUACAAAAUGAAUUUUAUGAUUUAUGUAGUAAAGGAUUAAAAAUUUUGAAACACGGUUAUAAAAUAAAAAUGAAUUCUAAGAAAACUAAUCAACAAUUGCAUAUGCUCAUGGGAGAAAGAUUAACGUACUUACAACCAAUAAUGGAAAAUUUAAUGAAAUGUUUAGAAGAUAUUUGUCAAAUUUAUCAUUAUAUCAUUUCCAUUAUGAUAUCAAAAUUUCCUAAACAUUUGUAUAAUCAAAUUAUAAGAACAACGUUUGAAGAUAAUGUAUUUCAACUACGUGGAGAAAUUAAUUAUGAAGCAUUGAAGCAAUUGUAUUAUACUUAUAUUCUUAUGCAAUCAGAAUUAUUAUAUUUAUUGGCUAUUACAUAUGAUAUUAAAACAUGGUCUUCAACUUAUGAUAAGAUUUCCAAAGCUAAUGUAAUUUAUAUUAUUUAUAAAUUGAAUAAACAAUUGACAAAAUAUAAUCAUAAAUUAUCUCAAUACAUUAAUUCUUAUUAUAAUUACAAAAUAGAACCAGUUCAACAUAAUUACAGGAAUCUCGUUACAUCCAAAUGGCAAGAUGUUUAUUUACAUUUAAAUUUAACAUUAAAUAAAAUUCAACAGGCCUACGAUCAAAUAAUAUCAAUGAUUAAUGAUAUCGAUAUUUGUACUGACGAUACUUCAAUUAAUAAUGAAAUGUUAGAAAGAAUGAUGGAGAAAAUGAAUGAAGCAUAUAAACAAAUAGAUGGAGCUAGAAAUUUUGCUGAAUUUAGUAGUUUAUUAAUAACAAAAGCAAAGUAUAAAAAUUUCAAAAUGAAUGAUACAAAGGAAGAUAUUAAAAUAGAAAAUGUGAGUGAUUAUUUGCCAGUAAUAAUUGAUAAAGAACCAGAAAUACUUGAUGAAGUGUUUGAGGAAUAUAUUAAAGAGGAAUAUUUGAAACCUUUGUAUGAAGAAGAUGAAGAAAUCUUAUUAAAAGAAUAUAAAUUGGAUAAAUUGCUGGCAAAGAAUUUUAUGAGCGAAUUAAAGGAAGCUUUGAUUGAUAAACAUAAAACUAUGUCAGAAAGAGAAUCCAAAGCACUUCAACGUAUGUACAAAAAUGUAAUAAAUAGUGCUAAUGAUUUAGAAAUUAAUAACGUCAAAUCUUCGAUACCUAUACCACCUCCAAUGCCUUCUUUGGUCAAUAAUUCUAAAUCGUUAUGUUAUAAUGAUUCUAUUAGUUAUGAUCAUAAUCAAAUUUUGUCCAUUAAAUCAGCGAAUACAUUGGAUAUUCCAGUAUCUGAUAAACAAGUGUUAAAUGUAAAUAAUGAUGAUGUAAAAAGUGUUAAAGAAUAUGUGAACAUUGACGAUGAAGAUAAGGAUAAUGAUUGUAAAGCAUUAUCAUUGAAAAAUUUUCAAAAUCCUAUUAUGCAAUUUGGAUUAAAUAAGCCUCCUCCUCAGUUAUUUUCUAUGAAUGAAGAAAUGUUUAUAGGUAGUGGGGAAAAUUCGGAAAGUGAUGUGGAACCAGAGAAUGAUUCAGUUGCAUAGUAUUUUGUAUUCACAUAUAUCAAAAUAAUAAAUAAUAACAAAUUUGAA